AGGUGCAGUCGUCCCUCGGAAAGAUCUCGGAAAGCAAGAGAUGAACACGACAUUUCAAUGGAUAUUUGAAAAUCGAUAACUUCAGAAAGCGAACAAUUAAAUGAUAACUUUCUUUUCAUUUAAGGAAUCUUUUCAUCCUUUUGUAUCGACCCUUUUAUUCUUUAUUUUUGAAACUCCUUAAGCCAAUUUUUAAAUUCUGUUUAAAUUUUCUCUCUAAUGAAUUUUCUUUUAAAAAAAGUUAUCUGUGCACUGCUACGCUGGCUUCGGUGGCAAGGACUGGAAAGUGAUGGGAAGCUACGUGACCAAGGGGCUAUGGGUUCUCUUCCUUUUCCCCUGCUGAAUGAGAUGGAGAUGGAGGAGCUUGUACGCCUCGAAAAUGUCAAAAUAGAGCUCCUCAGACAAGAUUUCACUCGGAAAUACCAUGAGCAAGUUGCGGAGCUGGAAAUUGCCUUCAGACAAAGGCUUUAUCAAUUACAUUUGCAGGCUAUAUCACAAAAUGAGAUAUUGCAGGUCAAGCCUGGUAAGAAAAUGCAGCAGGAGAGUUCAAGGCCUGUUGAUUUGGGAUUGCCAGAACAAACAGGCUCGUGUUCCCUUUGUAAGGCGGACGACAAUACAGAAAAUGAUCUCCAGAAGCACAUUUUGGGGAAGAAGCACCAGUGCAUGUUUGAAAACUGGAAACAGGGUUCUGGAGAUGGAAGGGAAGGAAAUUUAAUGCAAAAGAAAACUCAGGACAAACAGUCACAACAAGAGAUUGACAUAGCUGACAAUCUUCAUAAGAGGAAAAAGCAGAUGAAAGAAGAGAGGAUGCUAAGUCAGAAGUUGCGGAAGGAUAGUUCAAGGUCUGUUGAUUCAAAAUUGCCUGAGGGACUGGGAUGGUGUUCAGUCUGUGAGGUUGACUGCAAUACACAAAAGGUUCUCAAGAGACACAUAUUAGGCAAGAAGCAUCAAUCAAAGAUAAAAAUGUUCAAACAAGGAUCAGGAUCAAGGUCUAUUGGUUCAAAAUUGCCUGAACGACCGGGAUGGUGUUCACUUUGUGAGGUUGACUGCAACACAAGAAGGGUUCUCAAAAGACACAAUUUGGGGAAGAAGCAUCAGUCAGCGAUAAAGAUGUUGGAACAAGGCUCAGAAGAUGGAAAAGAAGCAAAUUCAAAGCAGCAAAAAUCACAUGCAGAACAGAAACAACAAGAGAAAGAUGUGAUUAACAAUCUUGACAAAGGAGAAAAGCAGAUGAAGGAAGGGGGUAUAUGUAGUACAAAGAUGCAACAGGAUGAUUCAACAUCUCUUGAUUCAGGAUUGCCUGAACAAUCAGGAUGGUGCUCACUGUGUGAGGUCAAUUGCAACACAGAGAAAGGUCUUGAGCAACACAUUUUGGCAAAGAAGCACCAAUCGAUGUUAAAAAAGUUGGGACAAGGCUUAGCAGGUGGGAGAGAAGAAAAUUCAAAGCAGCAGAAAUCUCUAAUAGAGCAGAAGCAACAUGAGAGAGAUAUAAUUGACAAUCUUCGUAAACAAGAAAAGCAGAUCACAAAAGAGGAUAUUUCUCAUAAGGAUCUGCAGAAUGAUUCUUCAAGAUCUCUUGAUUCAGGAUUUCCUAAAAACCCAGGAUGGUGUACACUCUGUGAGGUUGAGUGCACCAGUGAAAAAAAUCUCAAGAAACACAUUUUGGGGAAGAAACAUCAGUCAAAGUUUAAACUGUUAAAAGAAGACUUAGGACAAGGAGACUCAAAGCUACCUCUAACAGAGAUGCAGCAACAAAAGAGUGAUAUAAUUAACACUCUUGAUAAACAAGAAAAGCAGAUCACAAAAGAGGGUAUACCUGGUAAAAGUUUACAGCAGGAUUGUUCAAGGUCUCUUGAUUUAGGAUUUUCUGAAGCAGUAUGUUGCGCACUCUGUGAAGUUGAGUGCAACAGCAAAAGAAGUCUUGAGGAACACAUUUUGGGGAAGAAGCAUCAGUCAAAGUUUAAAAUGUUAAAACAAGACCCAGGAAAAGCAAAUACAAAGCAACCAAAAUAUCUAACAGAGCAGCAGCAACAAGAGAGUGACAUAAUUUGUAAUCUUGAUAAAAGAGUAAAGAAAAUCAAGGAUGACGUUAUACCUAGUAAGGAUUUGCAGCAGGAUUGUUCAAGGUCUCUUGAUUCAGGAUUUCCUGAACAGCCAGGAUGGUGUGCACUCUGUGAGGUUGAAUGUACCAACCAAAAAGAUCUCAAGCACCACAUUUUGGGAAAGAAGCAUCAGUCAAAGUUGAAGAUGUUAAAACAAGACUCAGUAAAAGGAAAUUCAAAGCAACAGAAAUCUCUGAUAGAGUGGCAGCAACAUGAGAGUGAUAUAAUUGACAAUCUUGAUGAACAAGAAAGGCAGCUCACAAAAGAGGGUACACCUAAUAAGACUUUGCAGCAGGAUUGUUUGAGUUCUCUUGAUUCAGGAUUUCCUGAACAACCAGGAUACUGUGCACUUUGUGAGGUUGAGUGCACCAGUGAAAAAGACCGUGAGGAAAACAUUUUGGAUAUGAAGCAUCAGUCAAAGUUUAAAAUGUUAAAACAAGACUUGGGAAAAGGAAAUUCAAACCAACAGAAAUAUUUAACAGAGAAGAAGCGACAAGAGAGUGAUAUAAUUGGCAAUCUUGAUAAAAGAGUAAACCAGAUCAAGGAAAUGGGUAUACCUAGUAAGAAUUUGCAGCAGGAUUGUUCAAGGUCUCUUGAUUCAGGAUUGCCUGAACGACCAGGAAGGUGUGUACUCUGUGAGGUUCAGUGCACCAGUGAAGAUGAUCUGAAGAAACACAUUUUGGGGAAGAAGCAUCAGUCAAACUCUAAAAUGUUAAAACAAGACUCAAGAACAGAAAAUUCAAAGCAUGAGUCAAACUCUAAAAUGUUACAACAAGACUCCAGAAAAAAAAAUUCAAAGCAACAGAAAUCUCUAACAGAGCUGCAGCAACAAGAGACUGAUAUAAUUGACAAUCUUGAUAAACAAGAAAAGCAGAUCACAAAAGAGCAUAUACCUAGUAAGAAUUUGCAGCAGGAUUGUUCAACGUCUUUUCAUUCAGGAUGUCCUGAACAAUCAAGAUGGUGUGCACUCUGUGAGAUAGAAUGCAACAGUGAAAAAGACCUCGAGAAACACAUUUUGGGGAAGAAGCAUCAAGCAAAGUUAAAAAUUUCAAAACAAGAUCCAGAAAAAGAGAAUUUGAAGCAACGUAAAUCUCUUACAGAGCAACAACAAGAAGGGAGUGAGAUAAUUGGCAAUCUUGAUAAAAAAGAAAAGGUCAAUGAAGAGAAUAUACUCAGUAAGAAGGUGCAGAAGGAUUGUUCAACAUCUCUUGGUUCAGGAUUUCAUACACAAUCAGGAUGGUGUGCACUUUGUGAAGUUCAGUCCAACAGUGAAAAAGAUAUUGAGAAACAUUUUUUGGGGAAAAAACAUCAGUCAAAGAUUAAAAUGUUAAAACAGGACUUGGGACAAUUAAACUCAGAUCCGCUGAAACCACAUGUAGAGCAGGAACAACAGAGAGCACAUAAUUGACAAUCUUGAUAGAAGACAAAAGCAGACAAAUGAAUGGGGUAUAUUUUCCAAGAAAUACUGAUUUUGAAUCAUAUCUUGAUGGAAGAGGACAUGCAGUGCAGUUGUCAAAAUAGGAAAAAUCUAAAAUUUAGAACAUGAUAGUUCUGAUUGCGCAAAUCGUUUUAAGGCCCAGGAUGGGCAUAAUAGAAAUAUAUUUUAUUACAUAAAAAGUACAUUUUGAAGAAAUGUUUACAUCCUUA